AUGGGUCGGAGAAAGAUAAAGAUGGAGGAAGUGCAAGACACAAACACAAAGCAAGUAACCUUCUCGAAACGUAGACUGGGUUUGUUCAAGAAAGCGAGUGAGCUUGCGACUCUGUGCAACGCCGAGGUUGGUAUUGUUGUCUUUUCUCCAGGAAACAAACCUUACUCCUUCGGGAAACCGAAUUUUGAUUUGAUUGCAGAACGGUUUAAGAGUGAGUUCGAAGAGACAGAUAGCUUUGAAACAUCAUCAGGCUAUAGAAGAGGCAGUCGUGCUAGACAAGAGAAGAAGAUAUGUAAACGCCUCAACUCCGUCGUCGAGGACGCUGAAGCUGAGAAGAAACAUGGCGAAGACCUUCACAACUGGCUUGAAUCUGCUGAAGAAGACAGGUUUAACAAGCCCAUUGAUGAGUUUACUCUCGAGGAGCUCAAGGAAUUUGAAGCCAAGAUGAAGAGAUUGAGAGGUGGGAUUCAAAGUAACAUUGAUCACAUGCAGGCUUCGUCUUCUCUCUUGUUUCUCUCUAAUGAUGAUUAGCUCUGAGGGAUCUGGAACUAUCCUUUUGUAUUAGUCGUUAUUAUGAUGGAAUUGUAACAGAGGUUGGUACAAGAUUAUUGAUUGUGUCUUCCUCUUGAUGAUCGAUGGAUUGUAGUUUAAUUUUAACAUUGUUGAUUUUACUACAUAUUUGUUGCCCAUUACGCAUCUACACUGCAUUAGCAUCCAACCUCAUAUGUCCCACGAAACAAACCAAAGAUCCAAAAAUUUGGUGUCUGACUGAAAGAGGGGAAACAUCUUAAACAAAGAUUCUAUUUCCUCGAGAAAGAUCAAAUAAAAUUACAAACAAAAAAACUGUAAAAUAAAAAGAGAGAAAA